AUGAAUGAAUUCCAGAUAAGAUAUAUCCUGCUUAUCAGGAAAUCCAGUAGAGGAGACUUCGUAUUUUCUGCCGAUCGUCUGAUCAGACUUGUGGUUGAAGAGGGACUGAAUCAACUGCCAUACACAGAAUGUACCGUGACCACUCCAACAGGUAUGUGGGAAAUUACUCCUCCCCUAGGUAGGACUGGAAGUGAAAGCUUAACUACCACAAAAAUCAUGGAACUGUUACAAGAAUCACCCAGUGUCAUUAUCCUGCUAAGCCUAUUCUCCACACCUCAUGGUGCCAAAUCUAUCAUCCAAGAAUUCCCAGAAAUCACCAUUUUAACUACAGAAGUCCAUCCUGUUGCACCAACACACUUCGGACAGAAGUAUUUUGGAACAGACUGACACACUCAGAACAAAUGGAUAUGACUGUAUGAUUUUACAAGAGGCUUUUUUCUACGUUUCAUUAUUGUUGAGUUGGUUGAGGGCAUGCUUAAAAUUUUUUUUGGCCAAAGGGGGAAAUACUUGAUUUAGAUCAGUUCUGGUCAGUUGCUGCCUGAACUCUGAGUCGGGUGCAGUAACAAAGCCCUCUCUCAUUACAAAGUCAAGCAUCUCAGUGUUGAAAGUUGUAUAAAUUGCUACAAUCUCUGCUUUAACUUAUUUAUUCUUCUAUAGCCAGUCUUGUGGCUGCUUGCAAGAGCAAAAUAAAACAACUAAAUCACA